GAUUAUACACGUGAAUAGAUAACAAUCGACUAAUUAUCUUUAACUGUAUUUAAUAUUUAAAUAUAUUUUUAAUAAGUAAAGUUUGUCAUCUUCUGCUCACCAUACUCAUAUUUUUUUUGCACCUUAUUAUGUUAUUAUUCCAAUAAACAAAAUAUUUGCAUUAUAUCUGUAGAUUAGCAGGAGAUUUGAACAGAAUACUGUGGCAGAUUUAUAGCCAUAUAUAUAUUAAAUUAUACUUGUUCCCACAGUGCAAGAUUAUAAAUAUUCAAAUAAUGUUAGAAGCAUUAGAACAUAAAAAGCCAGCAGAGGUGGAUACAUAAAUAGCAUAAGUCUACUGCAUCAGUUAUAAACAUUACAUCAACUGGAGUAGAUCGGCUGCAUUUACUCUACUAAAAUGUUCUACUUAUUACGUAUAUGGAUCAUCGUCAUUAACGUUAUAUAUUUAACAUUGGAUUGGAUAUUUUCCUUUAUCCGCUAUAGGAAGCCAGUUAGCAUACCGCCACUAAAAGAUACUUUGCUAACGAUAAGUGCUACUGAGCUUGCUCAAAAGAUCAGGGAUCAACAUUGCACGAGCUACGAAGUGGUACGCGCAUAUAUCGAACGAAUCAAGGAGGUGAAUCCUUACUUAAAUGCCGUCGUCGAAGACCGAUACAAGAUCGCUUUAGCUGAGGCGAAAAAUUGUGAUAGAUUGUUGGAAGCCGGCAAUGUGGAUAUCGAAAAAUUAAAAAAACAAAAACCGCUCUUCGGUAUACCGUUCACUGUGAAAGAAAGUAUACCUGUUAAAGGUCUUAGUCAUACGGGUUGCACUUUAGCUUACAAAGGAAGGAAAGCAACCACCGAUAGUUUUGCUGUUAAGAUGCUGCGAGAUGCUGGCGCAAUACUGCUAUGCGUCACCAAUACUCCGGAAAUGUGCGGUGGUUUGGAUAGUUACAAUUUUCUGCACGGUCGUUCGUAUAAUCCUUACGAUACC